UUGUAAGCAGUGAAAAUAAAGGGGGUCAGGCUUUGGGCUGAAUUUGUUGAAGUUUGUUGAAAGAUUGUGCAGAAAAUGACUGAAUAUACCGACGAGCUCGAGAUGCAACACAAGCUGCUCGAGGAAUUCCAAUCAGUUACUUUAUCACAAGCGUACUACAAAAUUUGGUGUGCCUUAAGCGAAGGAAUGAAUGAAGGCAACAUAAAGUUUCACGGCCAAAACAUUGACAGUAAACUUUGGGACGUACUGAACCAAUCGGAAAUAUGUUCACCAGUACGCAUCAUGGAUUUCGGAGGAGGUGAUGGAGAAACAAUGGCGCCCAUCUACAGAAAACUGGACGUCCUUAAUAAGGAAAUGAUCAUCAGCGUGGAAGAACCACAUAAGGGUUCUCUGAGAGAGUACAUAAAGUUGAUUGAGAAUAUUGGCAAGGCUUCCAUUGAUAUAGCUUACCCCGGGCCUCUUAAAAACUACCUUGGACAUACUGUACAAUAUUUGAGGGCUUUGAAAGCCUAUCCACAACAGCUGCAGGACAGGGUGCUGGCAGUCCACGUCCUAUAUCAUCUGACAAGUAUCUUCGAUGAGCCCUUUGUUCCAUACGAGAAUAUGAAGCAAUCCAUCUCAGCAAUGUAUGCCAUUCUUAAACCCGGAGGGCAGAUGGUUAUAGUGUUAGAUAAAAACGAAGAUGAUUUACUUGGAGCCGCGUCUCUGAAGUGUUCCGAGGUUCUUUUUCCACAUAAGUUGAAAAACCACAAGUUGCUAUUUGAAGUCUGGCAUGAUCUUCUUUUCACUGGUGGUAUUGCUGACGUAUUAAAUGCGUCAUUCCCGAUGUUUAAGGCUACAAUCCAGCUUGAGGAAGUAGUCCGCCAAGUUUUUUUGCCGACACUUGCAGAGGUUGGAACUGCUGUCUCUAUAGGGUGUCUUAUCGGGCUAUGUGAUGGACAGUCGCCAUUCGAUCAACGUAUUCUCCAAUCCUGCAUGGAUUACGUGAAGACUGACGGAUACAAGCAUGGCCUGUACCAUGAUAGUGGGGGAAUGUGGUGCUUUCCUCUGAAAAACCAUUAUAUUGCUAUCAAGAAAGUCGUAAAUACGUAAUUUGAUAAUAAUUUAUGUUUAUAAAAACAUACAUAUACAUGCCUGAUAUUUGGAGGAAUAAGAUUAUACAGCAAUACGGAAGACAGAAACUGAACUGCAGAUGUAAAUGUAUUUGAUGCGGUAAACUAUAUUCACUUUAUUUAGCCGUUUUAUUACCCAACAAAAAUAGGCACACCUACCGGUACCUGUACUUUGCGAUAUUAAUGUUUAUAUUACAUAUAUAUUCAGUUUCAUGUAAAAAAACUCACGCCUUGACUGAAAAAGAUAAAACAAUAUAAAAAAGAAUGGAGGUGACAUGCUCAAAGAGGGCAGACUUUAUUCCAUUAUUCCAAGCAACCCACAGAAGAGCAGCUUUAACGCAGAAUCUAGCUGGCAUUUGACCUAACAAAAAGCUGAUAAUUUACCGAAAUCCAGAGCACGUUUUGUCACCAUGUUUAAUUGGCAAAAAUUGUUUCUACUGCAUACCUUAUGAUACCAGUAGAUUGCAAUGUGAAAUUAGUGUACUGACAUCUGCAUAAUCGAACAGCCUAUCUUAACAUUACAUCUACAGUACUUGGGAGGCAAUUAUUAAAUUUAUUUAACACUAAUGUCUAUGAAUGUCUCUAACAUUUGGUAGCAAAGUUAUGCAUAUCUUGAAAACUGUCUUUGUGUGCUUAUCAUCCCCAUUUUGGCCACAUACAUUCUAGCUAACCAGGAAGCUUUGAUUCUCAUUAUCAUUUCGAUGUCACUGACCUCUGGGUCAUCAUAGUAUGUGUGAGCGCCUUAAAAUGACAUCAUCCGGUCCCGAUUUCAACAAGGCUGGAUAGGCUAUCCUAUGGAUAACACUAUCCAUGGUAUAAAUCUCUUAUCCUCUGGAUUGUUAUCCUCUGUAUAAAUCUGUGUCUCACAAAGGCUGGAUAAACAGCAUGAUAGUUAUCCAGUGGAUAAAACAUUUAUCCAAUACCAUAUUUGGAAAAAUACAUUCCCAGUUGGUUGCUAUAAACAUUGUAAAAGCCAUGAUAAUUGCUAACAAAAGAAGUGAUCUAUACCAUAUUUGGAAAAUAUAUUUG